AUUUAGUGAAAGAACAAAAACCCGAAAUUAUUAUUUAUGAAAAUACUACUUACAUUUAUGGUCGGCAGCACCAAGGGACUGUAGGCCUCUAUAAAUUGAUUGGAGGCAUUAUGGCUUUGAAAUAUAUUUUUGAUUUUAUUCAUAAGAUAGAUAGUGUGGCAGUUAAUCAAGUUAAAUUGUUUAAGAAUAAACUUUUUAGUGGUCAGGAAAAAAUUGAGAGUCUAACUUGUAAAGUGGGGCGGG